AUGACGGAUCCCUCGCGGCGGCGGCGGCGCUCUGCAGCGUCCACAACGGAAACACAACCUCUUCUCCGGAAUCGCAAGCAGGAAGAACCCCAAAAUUCAUUCGGCACAGCGAUACUUGAACGCAUCGCACGCUUCUGGGGGCCGGCCGGAGUCGAGAGAUCACUACUUAUAAAGCUAGACUUCACUCUCCUGUUGUACUUCUCCAUAAUCUGGUUCCUAUUCGGGAUCAAUCGAUCCAGCUACAGCACGGCAUACAUAUCUGGGAUGAAAGAAGAUCUUGGGUUUCAGGGCAAGGAUUAUAACUACAUGUCGACGAUUUAUUUGGUGACAUAUGCUCUCUUUCAGAUCCCAUCGACGUCUCUGCUCACGGUCGUGAAGCCGAGAUACGUAUUUGUCUUGGCUAAUACAGUCUGGAGUGUGUUGACGCUCGUUACAUAUCGCGUAGACCAUGUGUGGCAGGUCUUUGUGUUGAAUGCUUUUGAAGGUGCCUUCUCGGCGAUAGCAUUUGUCGGCGCUCACUUCGUCUAUGGAAGCUGGUACAAGCAAUCAGAGCUCGCAACGCGUGCUGCAGUAUUCUGCGCUUUCGGUAACUUAGGCAACAUGGCCGGUGGCUGGAUCCAGGCUGGAUUGUUGAAAUCACUGGAGGGAAGCUCUUCUUCGCUUCCAGCGUGGAGGCUGAUUUUCAUCGUGGUUGCGGGCAUGACUAUACCGUUCGCGGUGUUUGGAUGGUUCGCGAUCCCGGACUUGCCAGAACAUAGAGCCGCGCGCUUCCUGAGAACAAAUGAGAAGGAUAUUGCUGCCACGAGACUGGGCAAAGCAGAAGAGACAUCCUGGGACUGGUCUGUACUUUGUCGAGUGCUUCUCAGUUGGCAAUUCUAUCUACUCCCGCUGGUAUUCAUGCUCUAUUCUCUUGUUGUGCAAGCUCUGGGUAACAACGUCAUGCCUCUUUGGAUGGCCUCGCGAGGCUAUAGCGUCGUACAGCAGAACAACUAUCCCACUCUCGUUCACGGAACCGGGAUCGUCGCCACAUUCUUCUACUGCCAUGUCUCCGACAAGCUUCGCUCUCGAUGGCAAUGUUCACUGGCCAUAGGCUUCACCUUCAUCAUAAGCAGUGCAAUUCUGGUGUCAUCACCAAAAAGCGACGGAGCUUACUUCUUCGCAUUCUACUUAAUGGGGACAACAUACGCGCCACAGGCUCUAUGGUACUCUUGGAUGGCGGAUCUCACAGCACACGAUCUCCAACUCAGAGCUAUCACGACAGGCUUCAUGAACAGUUUCGAUUUCGCUUUCGUGACUUGGUGGCCACUUAUCUUCUACCCGGUCACUGAUGCACCAAACUAUCGCAAAGGAUAUAUCGCAAGCUUGGUGACUGGAUGUCUGACAAUUCCCGUGAUCACUUUGAUUGCAACAUUGGAACGGAAAGGAAAGCAGCGUGGCACGAUUGGACGACAUCUUGGUGAGGUUUGUUAUGGCUCUUUGAACGAUAUGAAAGCAUGCUGA